AUGUCUCUACUGGCGAUGAACUGGAUACAAAAGAACCUCGGUAUCGAUGUGACUGGGGAGUGGGCACAGCAGGUGUCAGUUAACGUUGGCGGCAUUAUUUACCUUACACGUCGUGCGACGUUUCGUUCUCUCAGUGAAAACCCCGUGUUCGGGCCCAUACUAAGUGGUGCGGGGAAGCGCGGUGAGGAUGGUUGCUUUGUUAUUGACCGUGACGGUGUGACAUUCCGUUACGUCCUCAAUUUUCUCCGAAGCGGUGUUCUGUUGUUGCCUGAGGCGUUUGAUGAAUGGGAUCAGCUGCUUGAUGAUGCACGCUUUUUUCAACUGCCGGAGAUGGAGAAGGUUAUACUCGACCGCUUUGAGUACAAACGAUCAGUCUUUCGCCGGACCUUGCCACAGGCUGUUUUCGUGCAUUGGCCGCCAGCUUUUGACAACGGGAAGGGCAGGGUUGCGAUUGUGCCCCAGUUGCCUGCAUUGUUAGUGCCAGAGGACGGAUCAGAGGUGCGCUAUCAAGGGGAAUUGCUGCGGAGUGUCGAAGAGCUGAUCACCACACUUCUAUCAGCGUAUGGAUAUGUUAUUCAACAUUGGAACGAAAAAGAGGGAAAAGUGUUUCUGAGCCUUGGUUCGUCUUGA